AAUCAGUAAAGAGAAACUGAAACUGUUUUUGUGUCUCUCUUUCUGUGUGUAUGUGCUGUGAAAUGGCAGAGGCCAGUAUUUCUCAGGACCAGUUCGACUGUCCAGUCUGUCUGGAUCUACUGAAGGUUCCAGUGACCAUUCCCUGUGGACACAGUUACUGUAUGAGCUGUAUUACAGGCUGCUGGGAUCAGGAUGAUCAGAAGGGAGUCUACAGCUGCCCUCAGUGCAGACACACCUACAGUCCAAGACCUUUAUUAGGCAAGAAUGUGGUGCUUGCUGAAAUGCUGGAGAAACUGAUGAAGACAAAACUCCAAACUGCUGUUGCACCUCAGAGUUACGCUGGACCUGGAGAUGUGGAGUGUGACAUCUGUGCUGGAAGAAAAUAUAAAGCUGUCAAGUCCUGCCUGGUGUGUCUGGAAUCUUACUGUCAAACCCAUUUUGAACGUCAUGAGGAAUUUCGCUCAGGAAAGCAGCACAAAAUGGCCGAUGCCACUGGACGACUACAGGAGAUGAUCUGCCAUCAGCACGAUAAGCUUUUGGAGGUUUACUGUUGUACAGAUCAGCAGUGCAUUUGUAUGCUGUGUACGAUGGAUGAACAUAAAAAUCAUGACACUGUAUCAAUUGCAGCACAGAGGACAGAGAAAGAGAAACACUUGAAGGAGACACAGAGAAAAUUCCAGCAGAGAAUCCAGGAGAGAGAGAAAGAGCUUCAGGAGCUGAGAGAAGCUGUGAAGUCCUAUAAGUGUUCUGCACAGGCAGCAGUGGAGGACAAUGAGAGGAUCUUUACUGAGCUGAUACGCUCCAUUGAGAGAAGCCGCUCUGAGGUGACGCAGCUGAUCAGAGAUCAGGAAAAGGCUGCAGUGAGUCGAGCUCAAGGACUCUUGGAGCGACUGGAGCAGGUGAUUGCUGACCUGAGGAGGAGAUAUGCUGAGCUGGAACAGCUUUCACACACAGAUGAUCACAUCCAUUUCCUCCAGAGUUUCCAGGCUCUCUCUGUCCUGCCUAAAUUUGACGUACUCAGCAUCGCUGUCAGUUCUUUCCUCUCUUUUGAGGGUGUAGAAAAAUCUCUCUCUUGUCUGAGAAAGAAACUUGAGGAAUUUUGUCAAGAGGAGAUACAAAUGAUAUCUGGCAGAGUGAGCUGCAUCCAGAUCAUUCCCGUUCCUGACCCAAAGACCAGGAAGGAGUUUCUCCAGUAUUACAAUCAGUUCACGCUGGAUCCAAACACAUUGAACAACAACCUCUAUCUGUCUGAGGGCAACAGAAUGGCUACUUACACCAACACAGUCCAGCAGUAUCCUGCUCAUCCAGACAGAUUUGAUAGUUUGGAGCAGGUGUUGUGUAGAGAGGGUGUGUGUGGACGCUGUUACUGGGAGGUUGAGUGGAGUAAUGGUGUGGGCAUAUCAGUGUCAUAUAAGAGCAUCAGCAAGAAAGGAGCAGGUAAUGAGUGUUUGUUUGGAUGUAAUGAUCAGUCCUGGAAAUUGUCCUGCACUACCUCCAGUUGCUCAUUCUAUCAUAAUAACAGAUAUAUUAAACUUCCUGUAGUAUCCUCUAGAAUAGGAGUGUAUGUUGAUCACAGUGGAGGAACUCUGUCCUUCUACAGUGUCUCUUAUGCAAUGACCCUCAUCCACAGAGUCCAGACAACAUUUAAACAGCCCCUCUAUCCUGGAUUUAGGAUUAUAUCUGGAUCAUCAGCCAAACUGUGUGAUUUGACAAUGUAGUUGCCAGUGUUGGGUGUAAUCCAAUAACAAACUAUUUAGUUACUGUAAUCUAAUUACUUUUAGUCAAAAAAGUAGUGUAAUGCAUUACAUGUCAAAUUCCUGUAAUCAGACUCCAGUUACUGACUUUCAAUGAAUUUAAUUACUUUUAAGUAUAUUAUAGGGUUAAACAUAUUUCUAAUAUAUUAUUCGUGUAGAAUACAUUAAGUAUGGCCCCGUAAAGAGUCAUUGUGAAGGAGAAAUGUGAGGUGCUGAGCGUAUCACUUGUGUGUAACAAUGAACAAGGAAGAAACAUAAAAUUAUUUUGAAUUUGUUUAGCGGAAAAGUGUUUUAGAAAGUAACUUAAAAGUAAAGUAAUUAGUAAUGUGAUUACAUUUCCAAUGACGUAAUUAGUAAAGAAAUCUGAUUACAAUUUUAGAGAAAUAAUUUGUAAUUUGUAGUGGAUUACUAUUAUCAUGUAACUUACCCAACACUGGUAGCUGCUAUGAAUGUAGAUGGAAACAAUAUUAACAGUCAUCAUAUAUAGAUUCUACAAAUAUGUCUCCUGUUUUUACCAAUAAAUGAAAACUACAGCUGAACUUCUGUCACUGCAAUAACAUGUCUAAUAUUACUAAAUAUUACUUAGUGCAAUUACCCAUUGACAUUAAUAACAUACAGAUCAUACUGUAUUAACACAUUGCUGUAGUGUUUCUAUAUAAAUCUUUAUUUCAAUCUUGUUGCAGUGUGAUGCAAAUCAUAUCUUGACUAUAGCAAAGUAACUGAAAUCUUCACGUAUUGCCUUGAUUAAAGAUGUUAUGCAUUAAUAUAGCUUUAGAGAAUUGAAGAUCUGUGUGACUAAGUUUUGUUAAAUUUGUGAAUGCAGUAGUGAAGGAGAAAUGUAAUUUAGUGAAUCACUUUCAUGUCUGUAAAAUGCAUGAAUACAGCCUAUCUUCGAUUCAAAUUUAGAAGCUGAUACUGAACCUUUUAUUAUUGCGUAACGGCUCAAGUCAAAAUAAAUUUGAGAUGUGUU